UGACAGCCCUCCCGCUCAGGGCUCAGCCGCUCAGGCCCUCAGGUUCAUCUCCUCCCUCUGUUUGUUAAACCUUUCCCUUCUCUCGGACCCUCCUCCCUUGCUCUUCCUUCCCUGGCGGCGACGACUGGGCGCCCAGCCCUUGACGAGCGCAUCUUCCAGAGGGAGAUCGAUGGCCGCCUCGUCGGCGUCGUCGGUGCCGCCGGCCUCCGCGGGCUCCGUGAUCACCGUGGCCUCGCCGUCCACGGGCGGCUCGAUCUCCGGCGGCGCGGGCGCCGGCACGGGCUCGCCGUGCGCCGCCUGCAAGUUCCUCCGGCGCAAGUGCCAGCCGGACUGCGUGUUCGCGCCCUAUUUCCCGCCGGACAAUCCGCAGAAGUUUGUGCACGUGCACCGCGUCUUCGGCGCCAGCAACGUCACCAAGAUCCUCAACGAGCUCCACCCCUACCAGCGCGAGGACGCCGUCAACUCGCUCGCCUACGAGGCCGACAUGCGCCUCCGCGAUCCCGUCUACGGCUGCGUCGGCGUCAUCUCCAUCCUCCAGCACCGCCUCCGCCAGGUCCAGCAGGAGCUCGCCCGCGCCAGCUACGAGCUGUCCAAGUACCAGGCGGCGGCUGAAGCGGCGGCGGCCUCCGUGGCCGUGGGAUCCAAUGGCGCGACGGCGGCGGGGAUGCCGGAUUUCGUCGGGAACCCAGUGCCCAACUGCACGCAGAACUUCAUCAACGGCAACUCAACGGCGCCGGCGAUUGGCGGGACCGGCUUCGCGCACCCGGACCACUUUGCCUCCGUGCAGAUGCUGGCAAGGAGCUACGAUGGAGAAGCUGCAGCCGCGAGGCUGGGCAUGAACGGAGCAGGAGGAGUCUACGGCUUCGGGUACUCAUCGGCCAUGGGCGCCGGGCACGGUGUGGUGUCUGGCCUCGGGCAGAUCGGCAGCGGGCAGUUCUUGAAGCCCGGCACGGCCGGAGGGGACGAGCAGCCCACCGCCGCGCAGUAGUGGAGCAUCCAGUCUUUCUUUGUCAGCAAGAUCCAGAUGCUAAGUUAACUACUUGAGGACGUGGAGACUAAAUUAAGUGCGAGAUAAAAAAAAGUUCUACCAUCCUUUACAAUAGAGAUGAUAAAAGAAAAGGGUCCUUUAUUUCGUAUUGUUUGUUGGAUUUGUUGAUGUCAUUCGCAUAGUCGACUACUUAAACAGUGCUCCAUGUUGGUAUCUGUAUUAUGUUGUUACUUUAUUGUCUCUGGAUGUACUUGUACAUGGAGCUUUGACAUUAAUCUAGCUAGCGAGAAUAAUAUAAAGUUAAGUUAUUUUA